AUGAGCGAAACCGUUAAAGAUAAUAUUUUAAUUAAUGAGAAGAUAUCCCCAAAGGGGACCGUCAAUUACACUGAUGGGGCUGUGUACACUGAGAGUCUCUCCGAUCGUUCAUCGGACAUUCCUCAAUGGUAUACCGAUGAGCAAUUGCUACACUUCAUGAAAAAGUUAGGUUACACAACUCGUACCCUUUACGAUAUCCCGGAUGAUGUCAAAUAUAUCGUCAAGGAAAUGCCAAAGCUAUCUCUUGAGGAUUCUUUCCAAGUAUUAAAAGAUGCUAUUGUAUAUUAUGAAGACGACGAAAACUUACCUCAUGACCAAUAUGAAGAGUGGAAAAGAUUGGCUGAACUGGAAUCCCCAGAUUGGAAAGAGCAAUUAGAUGAAUACGAUAGCUUCAACAUUAGGGCAUUCGCUUCUGCUAUCAAAUUUCACUCUCCAUAUCAAGAGGUUAGAGCUGUUGUUGAUCCAAGUGAUGACCCUACUGUUCCAGUAGAGACGUUCAGAGCAUACUUUUUAGCAAUAGUUUGGUCUAUUGUUGGUUCAGGUUUCAAUGAAUUUUUUUCUCAUAGAGUAGUUACAAUCACUUUGGGAACACCAGUAAUUCAAAUGUUUUUAUAUCUAUGUGGUGAAGCUUGGGCAAAAACGGUUCCCUACUGGGGUUUCACUGUCAAAGGUACAAAAUAUGCUAUAAAUAUUAACGCGCCAUGGACUCAAAAGGAGCAAAUGUUUGCCACUUUACUAUACGGCAUUUGCCAAGGUGCUUUUUACACGCAUUAUAACAUUUUAACUCAGAAAAUCUUCUACCAUUCUAGUUUUUCGUUUGGAUAUCAAUUUUUACUAUCGCUAGCCGUUCAAUUUAUAGGAUUUGGAUUUGCUGGCAUUCUUAGGAGAUUUGUUGUUUAUCCAUCUCGUGCUUUAUGGCCAACGGUUAUGCCAACCAUUGCCAUAAAUAAGGCUCUUCUAGGUAAAGAGAAGUACGAAUCUGGUAUGAGCAGAUACAACUUUUUCUUUUUGACUUUUUUCAUCAUGUUUAUCUACAAUUGGUUCCCCACUUACAUUCUUAAUAUUCUGAACACUUUUAAUUGGAUGACCUGGAUAAAACCAAGUAAUAUUAAUCUAGCAAAUAUCACUGGAAGCGUCACUGGUAUUGGAAUUAAUCCUAUUUCGUCCUUUGAUUGGAAUGUUCUUUCAUUCAAUAGUCCGUUGGUUUUCCCAUUUUGGUCUUAUCUAACCCAGUAUAUUGGCUCUAUUUUAGCAGCUUUAAUUGUUGUGGCUGUGUACUACAGCAACUACAUGAACUGUCAAUACUUGCCAAUGUUUACAAAUUCCCUGUAUACUAAUACAGGUGAGUCUUUCAAAGUUACCAAGAUAUUAGACAGCGAAAACAAAUUAGAUCUGAAAAAAUAUCAAAGUUAUUCGCCACCAUUCUAUACUGCUGGAAAUUUGGUAUCGUAUGGCAGUUUUAUCUGUGCAUAUCCUCUUAUGAUUACAUGGUCAUUUAUUGUGCAUUCAAAGCUUUUAUUUAAUGCGUUUAAAGAUUGGGCUUUAAACCUGUGGUCUCUAAGAAAACCGAAAUCCUGGAUUGCGAUGUUCAAAAGUGAGUAUGCGGCUUUGGAUGAAUUCGACGACGCUCAUUCUAAUGCAAUGAAAAGUUACAAAGAAGUUCCAGAUUGGUGGUAUUUUGCAAUACUAUUAGCUUCAUUAGUUGUGGGAAUAGCUGUUAUUGAACAUUAUCCAACUAAUACGCCAGUUUGGGGUCUCUUUGUCUCCUUAGGCUUCAACUUCAUUUUCUUGAUUCCAACUACCAUUUUACAAGCAACCACUGGCUUUUCUUUUGGUUUAAAUUUGUUAAUUGAAAUGGUGAUUGGGUAUGCUUUACCAGGUAACCCAAUCGCUAUUAUGAUUCUGAAAGCUUUUGGUUACAACAUUGACGGCCAAGCAGAUAAUUACGUUUCUAAUCUGAAAAUUGCACAUUAUUGUAAGAUUCCCCCAAUGGCCGUAUUUAGAGGCCAAUGUGUUAUAGUUUUGAUUCAAAUAUUUGUUAAUUUGGGUGUUUUAAAUUGGCAGAUCUCCAACAUCAAGGAUUUUUGUACGCCUCACCAAAAUGCAAAGUUUACUUGCCCCGAUGCUGUCACCUACUACAAUGCUUCUGUUGUCUGGGGUGCAAUUGGGCCAAAAAGAAUCUUCAAUCACAUUUAUCCGAUCUUCAAAUGGUGUUGGUUGAUAGGUGCCUGUAUUGGUAUUGUAUUUGGAGUUUGGAAACGAUGGGGUAGAUUUUAUCCAAGGAAUUUCGACCCGAUGUUAUUUGUAGGUGGUAUGAUUAAUAUGGGCCCUCCAUAUAACCUAAUGUACUUCACUCCCGGUAUGAUUGUCAGUUUUGUUUCCCAGUAUUACAUGAAGAGACACCAUUUGAAUUUAUGGGAGAAGUACAAUUACGUUUUAUCAGCGGGAUUUUCGACAGGUUUAGUUCUGUCUGCCAUCAUCAUCUUCUUUGCAGUCCAAUACAAAGAUACAGCCUUCAAUUGGUGGGGUAAUACGGUUCCUUAUGCUGGCGCCGAUGGGAUUGGUUACCCAUUGAAAAAUAUAACUGAUACAGCAAAAGGUUAUUUUGGUCCUGAUCCAGGUCAUUAUCCAUGA